AUGGAACCAGAUGCAGCGGCGGACGUGGAGCCGAUGCGGGAGCCGUCGGACCUUGUGCGACUACGGGCGUAUCUGGAGGAACAUUUCCCCGUGGCAGAACGUGGGCUUAUCUGUGCACCAAUUCAAGCACGGGCAAAGCAACCCGACGUGCUUGUCCAGCUACCACUCUCGAACUCCCCCCCCAUCCCCCCCGAUGAAGUCGACUCGGUGGCUUCUCUGUGCUCAAACUUGGUCCUUCGCUUGGAGCACUUAUUCGGCUUGGGCUUCUCGCGAGCCCCCAGCAUAUUGCGGGGGCAGUCGUACGAGUAA